AGACGAGCGCUCGGACGAGCAGACCCACUGGUCGGACGAAACACAACUGGGGAGACGAGCGAUGCUGGAGACAACUUCUUCACCGGCGAUGCUGCGGGUGGUGGGACUGACGAAGCAAGAUCAGGGGCUGUAUACUUGUCGCGUCGACUUCCGUCUCCACCCAACCAAGACGACCAGAGUCAAUCUUACUGUCAUUGUACCUCCAGAGAGCGUCAGUGUGAUGAUUGGAGACGUGGAGAACCUCCAAGGAACAGCCAGCAGUCAAGUAGGACCUUACCUCGAGGGAGAGAUGGUUAAACUAACCUGUGCUGCUCAUGGAGGGAGUCCACGACCGACUGUUGUGUGGUAUGGAGAUGCUCACCUGCUGGAUAGCGAGAUGGAGUCGGAUAUCUCAGUAAGCCACAGCGAAGCCCUUGGAGUAGGACAUCUGUCGACCCUCGGAACUGGCCCUCCAGGCGCAGCAACAUCUCCACUACCACCACGACGUGCUUUCGAGGGGGAAGUGUACAACACUCUCACUCUAGGUCCUCUCACUCGAAGUCACCUCCAAGUGCUACUUACAUGCAAAGCCUUCAACAGCAAUCUCACACAAGCGACCUCCAGCAGUCUCUCCGUCGACAUGAAUUUGGCGCCAUUAAGUGUGGAAAUCCGGCCGCCUCGGACGCCGGCUUUGAGGGCUGGGAUUGAGUAUGUGGUCGAGUGUGUGGCUGUGGGAGCUCGUCCUCCACCAAGUAUCACCUGGUGGAGUGGUGACAGACGGGUUCUGUCUGCAACUCUGAAGGUAUCAGAGGACAACAAUGUCACCACUAGCAGUGUUGGGGUCACACCGAGGCCGGAGGAUAAUGGCUCAUUCCUUCGCUGCAUUGUUGAGACCCACGCGGCUCCGGCUAUCUUAGAGGCCUCGUGGAAUCUCACCGUUCAUUACAUUCCAAAGGCGUCGUGCAGUUUCGGAGCAUCUCUCGACUCCAGCAUCAUCAAGGAAGGAGAUGAUGUCUACUUCGAGUGUAAGAUCGAAGCUAAUCCUCGAGCCACUCGAGUCUCAUGGCGUCAUAAUGACAAGCCGCUGGACCACGACGUGCCGGCUGGUGUAAUCAUCAGUAAUCAGAGUUUAGUCCUUCAGAAGGUGGUGAGGGCUCAGGCUGGCCGCUAUACCUGUCACGCACAUAAUCUGGUCGGGGAUGGAGGCUCGAAUUCCCUAAGACUCGAUAUUAAGUACGCCCCUGUGUGCUCGCUUGGACAAGUCACCACAUAUGCUGUCGGUCGAUACGAGGACGCAGAGGUGACUUGUUCUGUCGACGCCAAUCCCCUCCAGGAGUCCUUUCAGUGGACGUUUAACAACACGGCAGAUACCAUCGACGUCCCCCAAGGUCGCUUUACCUCUCUCAGUAGCCACAGUGUAAUCACCUAUACUCCCAUGACGGCACUGGACUAUGGCACUCUGCUCUGUUGGGCCACUAAUGAGAUUGGCACUCAGAAGGAACCUUGCGUCUUUCACAUUGUCCCAGCAGGUAAGCCUGAGCCCCCAGGCAACUGCAGGGUCGGAGAGGGAACCAGGACGUCUGUGAGAGUGAGGUGUGAGAGUGGGGGUAGUGGAGGUCUACCUCAACACUUCCACCUCCAGGCCAGUCUUUAUCACGGUCACCACCACCUGAACCUCACCGCCACCUCAGAACCGGACUUCCAUAUGGAGAACUUGCAGAUGGAAGGAAAAUACCAGCUGGUGAUUACUGCCGUCAAUGACAAGGGUUCGAGCCCCGGCACUCACCUCACUGUCAGCAGCAUUGGAUCCAAUGGUUCCGUCUAUCAGUUUCAUGACGGACCGCUGGAAGCGGAAGUUCGCGACGGUGGCAAAAAUGGCGCCAAAGCCGAAGGACCAGAAACCAGCGAUGGUGAGUCGUUACUCGACGCUCUUGCUCUCCCUUCCUUUAUAAUGGGAGUUCUGGGCGUCGGCUCAGGUCUAGUGCUAUUGGUAAUUCUCCUCCUACUCUUCAUCACCUUCCGCAAAAGGAGGGCACCCCAACCGCUCCCCCUGACGGAACCACUGCAUCACACCAGCACUUCGGAGACCCUCCAGGGAGCCAAUAGAUCGCCCAGAUGCGGCCACAACACAUCUAUGUUGACGCCAGAGAGCCACGACGUGCUGCAGGACAGAGAUGUUCCUGUGAGUAGUGAAGAUAUUGUGUUUCGAGUCCAUACAUUACGUGUGAUAGUGGAGAUAUUGGCCGCUUAGACAUCUAUGUUUGAAUUCCAUCAGGUUGAGACAGAGAACGAUGCUGAUCCAGAUGUGAUCCCUCUACAGGAAUCCUCCUGUCGUGGGUGUGAGAUGGAGAUGGCUCCAGCGUCCACUCUCUUGCCUUCAGAGCGCUACAACUACGCCCAAGUUCCUGGGCUCCAUCCACUCACUACUUGCAUACCGACCUGCCAUCACCACCACCAUCACCCACAAGUCUGAAGUGUAAGGAGUUCAGGCCUUAUCUCAGCCUUGCAGGUCAAAUCCCAGCAUCUCUAUUGCCGGCGAAUUGAGGUCGACCAUCUUCGGACUUUGCAGAAAUCGCGUUGUGAGUACUUUGACGAGAAGGACAAGAAAUACUGCUAUACAACAACAGGAAGGUAAACCAGGAUAAUACAAUGGCUACAGUUUGUUUUGAAAGUAAACUUUCAGGUCGACUGAUCUCUCCAUUGGUCAACAUGAGUAUGAAGGAUUAUAUUGUAGCUGGCAAAUCAAGUCAGCUAUAGGCAGUGAAGUCUGUCAGGAUUGAAGUCAGUCAAGAGAGAAGUCAACAGUGAGUUCAACGGUGAAGUCAACAGUGAGUUCAACGGUGAAGUCAACAGUGAAGUCAUCAGUGAAGUCAAUGAGCAAGGAUGUCAGACGGUAGAAGCCACUCUCCAGUCAGAAGUAUAAUUAGCAGUGAUGUCACCGGCAAUGACGUCAAUCCCAAUUCAAACGAGCCAUCAGCAAGGUGUGCAGAACAGGCAGGCCAAUUAACAACCUUUGUGGUAAUUAACAUCAAAUGUCACAUAGGCACCAGGAGAACACAUGAACAAGAGAACACAUGAACAAGAGAACACAUGGGCAACAGAACACAUAGGGCAACAGAACACAUAGGGCAACAGAACACAUAGGGCAACAAGAGAACAAAGAACAACAAGGGCAGACACAGAUAGCAAGAGAACACAAGGGAUAGCAAGAACAGCUUCAGGCAGAUAGCAAGAAGAACACAUUGAAGAACACAGUCUAGGAGGAGGAAUCUAAACCCACUAUUCGUGAACACAAUUCUAUUUCCAUAGCGAAACAUUUUGUUCAUGCUAGUUAAGAACAAUGGAACUGAUACCAUGAUGGAGUUGGCAAAAUUUUGGGCCCCGUUUUUUUAAAUAAAUGUUAUAUAUCCAAUUGUACUUUCAAACUUGCAGUUCCAAAGAGUCCAAAAUUCUCAGUUUUACAAUCAUCUUGCAUUAAAAAAAUGUCUUUUUUUUCCUACCAAUCUUCAAAAUAUAAAUUCAGUGUGAUUGUUGCAUAAAAGUUCAGUAUUCAGAGUUUGCAAUAUACAUGUUCAAUAUACAUCCUGGUGUAUAUUUUAUGCCUUUGACGUUAAAUAUACAACGAGUUAACGUCAGAUAUCGUAAGACUUCUCAUUAGGGUACGUUAGUCGUAUCGCUGCCAGGAUUUUUGGCCCCAUCUCUGCUGGAUUGUAUUUACUACAUUUAGGAUGUAGUUACUACAUCCUAAAUGGUAACAUCAAACUACAUUACUCAGGCAACAACUGAUGUAUAUUUUAAGUAUAAACAUCUUAUUUCUCCCAUAAUAAGAAAUGUUUAUAUAUUUCACCAAUACGUGUUCAAUUUUUUCUAAUAUAUAUUAUGAUAGAUUGACUUCAUUAUAGAUUUGUUUUUGUAUAUAAGUGUUCUGUAUACGAAAGGAAUAUAUUGAAACUUUAGUCCUUAAUUUUGUACAAUAAGAUGGAUGUGAAUUUCAAGAUGGUAAGGCUUGGUUUAAGAAGGAAAUGCUAUGGUUUAAAAUGAUUUACGGGUUACUAAACAUUCAUGUAUAUAAUGUAUAAUAGAUUUUAUCGACCCAAUUGUAUAUACUUUUAUCGAGACAUUAUGAUACAUUUUUGAUAUGAAAUAUAUUU